AUGCUUGCAGAUGUCCCGACGGAUGACGGAGGGAGUCUACCACCCGAACCUCAUCGCACGGCUGGAUUCAGGGGAACGACUCGCGACAACUUGGACGACCAACAUUGCGAACAAAAAGGCGCUCAACCCCGAUCUUACAACAACAGAGGAACGGCGAACAACAGUGGAACGGCGGUCGCAACUGUGAAAAAGGAGAAACCGGAGGGCGCUCCCAAACAGACACGAAAAGCCACGGCAAGCCGGAUCGUCUGGAACGGACGAGGAUAUCACAACCAUAGAUACAUCUUUCCGGUUGGCUUCCGAAGCAAGAAGCAGUACACUUCUUUGUCUGACACAUCCAAGAAGACCUACUUUAUCAGCGAAAUCUUGGACGGCGGAGAGCAACCCAUCUUUCAAAUCACGCUGGAGGACAUGCCGGAGAAGGUAUUCCGACACUCAUCGUCAAGUGGCGCAUGGGAACUUGCACUGAAAGGACUGAUGGAGCUCGGAUUCAACGCAAAGACGCAUGCCUCAGGACCAGACAUGUACGGAUUGACAAAUCUCGGUGUGAUCAAGUACAUCCAGGAGAUGCCCAACGCACACCGAUGUAGACGUUACAUGCCUCUGAAGUGGAUCAUCGACGAAGGUAACGUCGAGGGAGGUUCUCCGGAUUCGUCUGGCCAAGGGUUCAAAUCCUACGAUGGCGGCAAACCUGGAUCACGGAGAAAGAAGUUUAACAACAGCCUCUACGCCAGCAAUCACGAUGUCCUCUUGUCGACUCAGGAAGAGGCUGCAGCUUCAUCGACCUCGCCGCACAAGGUCCCAACCUCACCGCCCUCGCGACCCUACACUCCACGCAAAUAUACCAGGCGCAAGAUCAAUGACUCUUCUGCCACCAACGACCUCACACUCCUAUCGCCUCCGCCACCCCAGCCUAACUUUUCGUCGCCGCCGCCACACGACGUUAUGGGGUCCUACUCGGGAGGUUAUCACUCUGUCGACUAUGAUCGCGAGGAGCGUGAACACGAUAGGGCACGACAACAACAACGACACUAUAAACAACAGCACCAGCACCAACUGCAGCAACAGCAUCACUUGUCAAGGUCCACGACUCCUUUGCCUUCGACUGUGACGACUGCUGCAGCGGCAGCAACAAUGCCCCGAUCCAUUUCUGGUCAAGGGCCUUAUUACCCGGAAAGGUUCCCGAGCCAUCCACCUCAACUGCCACCACCCAACACCGACACUUUGCAUGUUCGAAGCAAAGAUCCACACGACCAUUACGACCCCUACCAGCAGCCUCUCAUGGAGCCCUAA